GCGCCCUCUGGUGGCGUCCUGGUGGCAUGACAUAGCAGGCGGCUGAAUCCGCUGCAGUAACAGCUUUGGACCAAAAACGGUAACCGGGUUAAGAGUGUCGUCAUCGGAACCGUGUCGUUCACUUGUUAAUAACUAGCAGGCAAUGGCGACAUGCGGAGAAGGGACUCCUCAGUGGAAAACAACGAUUAUUGUCAGCACAUCGCUUCAGAGCCACGAAAUAAUUAGGAUGCUAAACGCUCAGCAGCACCGCAUCAGGUUUUCAGACAGUGUUCAUCCCGGAGCCUUCAUUUUUCCUCUAUCAGGUACUGCAUUCCUGAUGGUUGACCCACAAGACCUCCCAGAGCCCUCUGAAGAAUCAGGAGUCUUUGAGAGGAUAAAGAAAUUUGUGCAAGUCCACCGCAACUGCUUUUUACUCCUUCAUUCACCAUUUAAAGGAAAAAAGGAACUGGAAACGCUGACUGUGAUUCAAAACAGAUUCUUUGGCAGCAAUCUCAGGAUCCUGCCUGUGCAAAACACUGAUGAAAUUGUUAAAGGGAUGUUAACAAUUGCCAAGGCCACCAGUAAACCCCAUGUAGACAGCAUCCGGGACCGGAUCUCUCUGGCUCGGGCUCACAUCAUUGAAAGCAGUCCUGUGUGGGAGAUGUUAAGAGACAUGCUGCAAAACUCGGCAGAUUCUCAUUUUAAAGCACAAGGAAUCGAAGGACAGAGUCAGAGCAGUGAUCGCUUUCCAACUCAGGAGGGCACUGUUUGUCUUGAGGGCUUAACUCUGAUGGGAGAAUCAGUCUGUGGAUUCAGCACCUCAUUGUUAAAUUCACACAUGGGUGAAAAAGAUGUUUUAAUUGUAGACCCAUGCAAAAGUUCAAAUUUAACAAUAUAGCAACACAGGUAAGAG